UAAAUGAUUAAUGCUCUAAUCACUAGUCAUUGAUAAUUAAAAAACUGCCGAAUAAUAAAUGGUGUUGAUAAUAUAAAUUAAUUGUUGUAAAAAUAUUUAAAAUGACUGAGGAAAUCAAGCAGCUUGAUAGCAGUAACACGACAAAAACUACCACAAGUAAUCCUUUGCCAGCUGAAAAUCAUCACCAGGAUGUUGAAGUUACAAAAAAUAAACCUGAUAAUAAAAAAGAAAAAUGUAAACCCAUGACCAAGGUCGUUAUUAGAAGACUUCCACCGUCGAUGAACCAGGCACAGUUUGUUGAACAAAUAUCCCCGUUACCUGACAAUGACUACCUUCAUUUUGUAAAAGCUGAUACUUCUUUGGGACAAAAUUCAUUCUCACGUGCUUACAUAAAUUUCAUUGACCAGCAGGAUAUUUUUGUUUUCCGGGAAAAAUUCGAUAACUACGUGUUCGUUGACGCCAAGGGUGUCGAGUACCCAGCAGUUGUGGAAUUUGCGCCAUUUCAGAGACUGCCAAAGAAACGAGUUGGUAGAAAAAAGGAUCCUAAGUGCGGAACUAUUGAAACAGACACUUAUUAUAUUAAUUUUCUGGAGAGUUUGAAGAACCAGGAGGCUGAUGCUGCUGUACCACAACCUAAAACUGAAUAUUCCUAUCAGCCAUUUGAUAAUACACAAAAAAAAGUUACGACCACACCAUUGCUGGAAUAUUUAAAACAACGUAAAGCAGAAAAACAAAGAGUUAAAGAUGAAAAACGUGAGGAAAGACGUCGACGUGAUAUUGAAAGACGUCGUUCAAAAGAUGAAUUACCAACAGUGUCUAAGGUAUUGAAAAAUCCAGAAAUUGAACGAGAAGGUAAUCGAGAAAAUAAAGAAAAUAAUGACAAAGAAAAAAUAUUACCAAAAGAACUAAAAAAUCGUAAAAGAGAAGACAUGAAGCGUGACAAAGUUUUAGCAUCCCGUGAUCGAGAUCCAAAGCCUUUAGGAAAAAGUUACCGUGAUCGUGAAGAUAAAAAACAUGAUAGAGAUAAUAAGCCGACGAAUAAAAAAUAUGAAGACAAAAAACCAUACAGAAGAGAUGAUUAUGCUAAAGAAGAUAGGCGAGAAGCUAAAAGUUCUCGUGAAGAGUCUGGUAGUUACCAGAAAGAUAAGUCAGUCGAAGAAAAGAAAGGCAAGAGUUAUGAAAAAAUGCGACAGGAAAAGCGACGAGCUGCUGAAGCUAAAAAAGACGAAGAUUUGCCGAAGGAAAAGUCCAGAGAUAACGCUGAAAAAAGUGAAACCAAAAAUGACCAAGUUGUUUUACCAAUUAAAAUUGUAUGUAAUGACGAAAGUAAAGACUGUGAAGUCUUAUUGUCUAACGAAUUGCCGGAUGAUUCGCAAGACGAUAAAGAAGCUUCUGUUAAACUAGAAGAGACUCUUAAAACUGAGAGCGCCAAAAAGAGUGUUAGCAAGGCGUACAAAAUGAAGGUUGUGAAAAGACGAAGUUCUUUGGAAAGUGGAGGAGGUGGAGGCGGUGGAGAUGGUGCUUUUCUCCGGAGACACAAGUCGCUGGACGGUGGAGAGGAGGAUAAUUUACAGAAAAAUGAUAGUGACUAUAAAGGCAAAAGCAAAAAAGAUCCACGUCUAGAACGUCGAAUUAGAAACAAAGACCGUCCUGCUAUGGAAAUUUAUCGACCGGGAAUGGGUAAAUUUAGUAAGCAACGAUUAGAACGUGAGAAAUCUAACCACGACGAUCGUGCUUCGUUGUCAGAAAGUCCUACGCCUGGAAAAGGAUCCAGUAAAAAUGAUUUAACAUCCACUUCGACUGAGUUACGUUCUAUGACAUUUAAACGAAGCGUGAGUCGUGAUAAUCCUUAAUUUAAAUCAUGCUACUGUACUGAAUUUAUCUUUUUCCUUUUCUAUAAAUUAUAUUUGACUAAAAAUCUUUUAGUUAUUUGCCAUAUUUAUGGCUAGACAUUCAACAGAAUGUAAGUUGAGAAACAUAUAUAUGUUAUAUGUUAAAAAAAAUAAAAAUUAAUUUCUGAUAAGAUUAAAUGAAAUUGUUUGUUU